AUUGUUUUCUUAAUAAACAAACUUUAUCGCUUUAUCACUUUUAUACGGAGAAUCGAAAAAUCGGUCAAAUUCUUGCAAUGAAGUCGAUUAAGUCGCUUGACUUGGUUCAGAUUGCAGCACAUUUUCAACACAAACGCCGUCAACAAUGCCAACAAUUUCACAAAGUUUAGUAUUUUUAGUUUUAGUAAUCACAACAAAAUUAGCGAACAGCAACGAAAGCGACUGUGAAUGCUUGAGUUCCAUUAAACAAUCGGAUUGCGGAAUCGGCGAAGUAUUAGUGACCAAGAAUUGCUGUCCCGUGUGCGAUGGAACGGGCAACAAAGUUUGCUCAAAAUGUUCCAAAAAUAAGGAUUGCGCCAAAGGGCUCUAUUGCGAUGAAAAAUCAAAAAUUUGUAGUUUCGAUAAAAAUUCUUGUUAUUAUUUGGCGCACAUUAAUCCCGAUGUCCCUCUACAAUGGAAGCCAGAUUGCGCCCCAAAUGGCGAUUUCGCGGCUAAACAAUGUCGCGGCGAUAAAGUUUCAGGUCGGUGUUUUUGCUUCAGCGAAAAAGGUGAAAGGAUUUUCGGAUGGGACUGGCGAUUCAACGAGGACGAAAUGACAUGUGCCUGCAGUCGACAUCGAUCCAAGUUGGAGGCCAGUGGACGUAUCAGCACGUUGCACUGCCAGCAAAAUGGCAAUUACGAGGAAUUGCAAUGCGAUGGUGGCGCGUGCUUUUGCGUGGAUACAAAGACGGGACAAUUGCUCGCUGGCACGAAAGUAUUACCGGAUAACUUGUGGACAAAAUUGCCGUGUUACAAUCGAACGUUGCACGGCGAUUCUUACGUGAGACAGUGCGAGAGUGUCGCGGUGUUGCAAAAGAAGGUCGUUAAAAUAUUCGAGUUGCAUGGGACAAAGGAUGUCGCUGUCGAGAUGGCUUCCUGCAAUUAUGACGGCAGUUAUGGCAAACACAAAUUGCAACAAAAUGAAGUGAAAUGCACUUGGCGCGAUGGCUCCGUUAUCAACCCGUACGCCGGUAAAUUCUCACAAAUUUCACAAAUCGAUUGCGCGUGCGCCAUUGACGAAAAAAUCUACGAAGAAAGUAACAAACCCGCACUCAAACUAACCUGCAGCACAAAUGGAAAUUACGAGGAAGUACAGCUGCAUCAAAUUGGAAAAUACUACUGUGUCGAUGCUCUGGGCUAUGCCGUCUCCGACUUUCAAACGGACGAAUUGACGAAAGAAAUUUGUAAUAAUCGCCGGUACGACAGAAUUGAAACUGAAUCAUAUUGUAAAAAGAAAUAAGUGGUAUGGUCCCUCAUUUCAAUGUAAGCUAAGCCGAGCUCAGUAUUGUUACGAGCGAAUGUUACGUACUUCCUCAUAUAUGCGACAAACGUCGCGGCUGUGUAGUGUUUAUGAAAUAUUUUUAAAGAGAUUUUUUUUGUAGUAAAUAAAAUAGUAAAAAUUAUGCAUGGAAGUGUGUGAUGGUAAUGAAUUCAGAAGGUUGGAUGAGCAUCGGAGCUCGUUCGCGGGUAUCAGGUCACGCUGCUGGAGGUGUUGAUGGAAAGUGAGAUGAAAUUCGAGUCAAGCAGGAAAUUAAUUCAGAAUAAAUAUUGCCAGGAGAAUUCAAAAUCUUAUCAAUUUUAACGCAAAAUUUCAAAGGAAUUGAUAAAUUUAAUCGAAUUACGAUAAAAUCAGCACUUUUUUGGUGACAUCAUCCAUAAAAAGUACCAUUUUAUGGCAAACGUGACUUUCAGAUAACUAAUGUAGCUAAGUAGGUGUCUCAAUUUUGUAUCGUUCAUUGUUCGAA